CAACAGAGAUCACAUUAGUUCAACUUCAGCAUCAACCAUGUUCUCUGAGGCUCUACUGCUGCUGACAGCUGCAUCCUGUGUUCUCAGUAUUGAUCUCACCCAGCCAGAGUCCAUGGCUGUGCAGCCUGGACAGUCUUUGUCCAUCACCUGUCAGGUCUCUGGUUAUUCUCUCACUGAUAACAGCUAUGCAACAGGCUGGGUCCGACAGCGUGAAGGAAAACCGAUGGACUGGAUAUUUCAUCAGUGGGGUGGAGGGAGCAUUUACGGAAAUGAAGCUUUGAAGAGCAAGUUCAGCUACGGCAGAGACACGUCGGCUCGGACUGUGACCAUUCAGGGACAGAAUAUGCAGCCUGAAGACUCAGGAGUUUACUACUGUGUGCGUCUCCCUACGGGGAGCAACUACGAAAGUUUUGACGACUGGGGAAAGGGUACAACUGUAACAGUUUCAUCAGCCACUUCUACUGGGCCAACGGUGUUUCCUCUGAGUCCAUGCAGCUCUGACAGUGCAACCACCUUCACUCUUGCCUGCCUGGCCACUGGCUUCUCUCCCGCCUCACUCACUUUCUCAUGGACCAAAAGCGACACGGCCUUGACUGAUUUCCUCCAGUAUCCUGCAGUCCAGAGAGGAGAAACUUACACUGGCAUCAGUCAAAUCCAGGUGAAAAGAGGAGACUGGAACAAGCUGGACAGCAUCAAAUGUCUGGCCAGUCAUCCUGCCGGGCAAUCCCAGGGUGCUUUUGUCUUCCCUGAGGUGAAAUAUAUUGAACCAACUCUUAAAGUGUGUUUCUCUGAAGAGGACAAUGAGGUUACGUUCUCCUGCAUUGCCAAAGAUUUUGCUCCAAAGGAACACAACAUAACAUGGCAGAAAAAUACAGGAGAAAUCACUGGCAAAAUAGACAAGAUUGAGACCAUUUCUGCAGGAAGAGCGGGGAAUGAAACCACACUGUACAGCGCAUCAAGUUUCCUCAGUGUUGAGCCCGAUGAGUGGAGUAAAGGUACUACAUAUACAUGUGUGUUUGAGAGGAAAGGGAAAGACAAUAUCAGCAAAUCUGUGACCUACAAAGAAUCCACCACAACCUGUGAUGGGUGUCGAGAAGCAGAUGUGGAAGUAACUAUUGAAGGUCCCUCAAUUGAAAACAUGUCUGUGAACAGAAAAGGAACUCUGACCUGUGAAGUCAAGGUAAACAAGGGAAGAGUGGAAAAGAUUUUCUGGGAGAACAGCUCCGGAAAAGAAAUAGCUGGCAGUCAGCUGGAGCCUGGCAAGGGAAAGCAAAGCACACUUUUCCAUACUAUUGACAUCACCUAUGAGGAAUGGAGCCAGGGGACAGGAUUCUUCUGUGUGGUCGAGCAUGACAACAUGAUAGAGCCACUGAAGAAAGAGUACCAAAAGGACAUCGGUAAACAAUGUCAGCGGCCUUCAGUGUUUAUGCUGCCACCAGUUGAACAUCCUAAAACAGAAAGGGUGACCCUGACUUGCUUUGUGAAAGACUUCUCUCCUCCGGAGGUUUUUGUCUCUUGGCUUGUUAACGAUGAGGAAGCAGGUUCAGAAUAUGACUUCAACACCACCAGCCCUGUAGAAAGCAAAGGAUCGUAUUCUGCUUACGGCCAGUUAACACUGAGCUUUGACCAGUGGAGUGACAGUGAGUCUGUGUACAGCUGUGUCGUUUACCACGAGUCCUUGGUCAACACAACAAAAGCCAUUGUCAGAUCCAUUGGCUACAGAACAUUUGAAAAGAACAACGUGGUGAACCUCAGCAUGAAUGUCCCCGACACGUGCAAGGCCCAGUAGAUGUUUCCUUCUGUCUCGCUGUGUCCUCUGUUGUUUGGAUGUUCAUGUUUGUUGCUUGUGAUAUUACAAUGUGUUUGUGUGUUUUCACUGCAGAUUCAAAAUCAAAAUAAAAAAAAAAUCUUUGCAAAUCCUUUAAUGUU